AUGUGCCAGCAACCUCAAACCUUGUGUUGUUGCUGGUUGCAGGGGAACAUCGCACUUGACUUCUGCGCACACUGCCUCUGCCAUUGCUUUGCUCUUCAACACGAUUUCAUCGAGGUCAAAUGUUGGAGAGAGAGCCAGGCAGGGCCUGCCACAUUGCCAAUAAUGCCCACCAACUUGCCGCCCCAGCAGUCAGUGGGACACCCAGCUGGCAUGGUCCCCUACCAGGUGCCUGUUCAAGGGCUGCCAUCGGGAGGCUUGCUGGCUCCGCAGGACAGCGCACAUUCACAGACACCCAACAGUGGGCCUCAGGUUCGGCAAAGCACAAUAGAAAACAGGUUUUCCCGGUUGACAGAUGCACUCCCCACACACAGCGUGGAAUUGAGUCGACAGCAAUUGCCGCCAGGGGCGCGUUCGGGUGACUCGGCCACCAGCCAGGGCAGGCAAGAGAAGAUCGACGGAGUCAUCAUGAACGCGGAGGCCAUCGACGCGAUGAGGAACGAGCUUGUGGACGACCUCGAUGGCGGGGAAACAUCGCAUGCUGUCCCUUCCUCCGCAGACCCACCUGGCCCUUCCUCCGCAGACCCACCUGGCCCUUCCUCCACAGACCCACCUGGCCUUUUCUCCACAGACCCGCAAGGCCCUUCCUCCACACACCCACCUGGCCCGAGUCCCAGGCCGGUCGUCGUCCCUCCACCCAUGCCGCAGCUCCAACCCUUUCCCCCCACGUACCAGCACCAGACGGGCAUGCAGGAACCCGUGUCUGGCAGCGACAGCGAGAGGGCCCUCCUUUCUGGCAGAGGGAACAUGGUGCAGGUUGGCACUCUUGCUGGGCCCCCAAUGCAUGUGAGCGUUGGAAGCGCCGCCGGCAUCCAAGUCAAUCAGUUGCACACAACAACCCCCAGAGGGCAGGAGUAUGGACAGAUCCCACGUGCCAUCCCACCAGAGUACCCAGGCUCCGGACACUUCGCAUCGCAGACCUCGAGUGGGCACUAUUCCGGCGCUGGGAGCGGCCACUUCUACCAGGGGAUGGGCCGCUAA